AUGCCCGUCCCCAAAGGAGUUUUCAAGGUUGCCGUUCCUCAAGUCGAGCCGGCAUGGCUAGACCUUGAAGGGGGUAUUCGGAAAUCAGUAGAGCUGAUUAAAGAAGCCGCCGAAAAUGGUGCAGAGCUAAUCGCGUUCUCUGAAUGCUGGAUUCCCGGCUACCCGGGAUUCCUCUGGAGUUAUGGCUACAAGCAAAAUACUUCGCUGUGCAAGAGAUACUAUCAAAGCAGUAUGGAGAUCGACUCUCCCGAGUUUAAGCGAAUCCAGCAAGCUUGCGCAGACAACAAGAUCCAUAUUAUGUUUGGAUUCGUGGAGAAGAUCCAGGGCACUUUGUACAUGGCUCAGACACUCCUAGACUCCACAGGCGCUGUUCUGCUACAUCGGCAUAAGACCAAGCCUACUCACGUGGAGAGAACCCUCUUCGGGGAGGGCAGUGGAGACUCAAUUCGAAACGUAGCGCCGACUCGCCUGGGCAACAUCGGUGGAUUGCAAUGUUGGGAGCAUCUGCAGCCUCUGCUGAAAUACCACACCUACAGUCAACACGAGCACAUCCACAUUGCUGCCUGGCCGACUAACCAUAAAUACGGCGGAUGGGAGCCUUGGUCUUUUUGUACUGAUGCGGCAAUCAUUGCUAAUCGGCUCUACGCCAUGGAGUCACAGGCAUUCGUUAUCGUUGCCACUCAAACCUGCACCCAGAAAAGCCUUGACUUGUUCGACAGUGGCGAAGAAAGUAGCUCACACAUGAGCCAGACUGGCGGUGGCUUCACUGCUAUCUACGGGCCCGACGGACGUAAACUUACACCUGAUGUGGCGCCCGACUGGGAAGGAAUACUCUACGCCGAUUUGGACAUGGAAGAGAUUGGGUUUGCGAAGAGCGUUGCCGAUCCUGUGGGACAUUACAGCCGCCCUGAUCUUUUCCAACUGCUGGUCGACACUCGGCGCAAGGAGCACGUUGUUUACCAAAGGCCCACCGACCACGUCUUACCUCAAAAUAUGCUCUACCGUUUCACCCCAAUCGCUCAAAUUGAGGAAAAUGCUGAGCAAGCCAAAGUCGGGGCGAAUCAUCAUGCCGAAUAG